AUGGCUUUAAAACCGACAACUUGUAAGGAAGCUAUCGCGCGUUGGGAGAAAAAUAAAGGAGAAAGCGCAGCUGAAGCCAAGGUAAUUGAACUUCAGUUUCAGUGGCCACCGAUUGAAAAAAUGGAUGGUGCGCUAUCCACGCUCGUUAACUGCGAGAAACUAAGCCUAUCUUCUAAUAUGAUCGACAAAAUAGCUGGUAUCGCCGGAAUGAGAAACCUGAAAAUUCUGUCACUAGGUCGAAACUACAUUAAAAGUUUAGCUGGGACUGAAACAGUCGCCGAUACACUGGAAGAGCUAUGGAUCAGUUACAAUCCCAUCGAUAAAUUGAAAGGUGUAGGGUUACUGAAGAAUCUACGCGUGCUCUACAUGUCCAACAAUAUGGUCAAGGAGUGGGUGGAAUUUAACAGAUUACAGGAAUGUUCAGCUCUAAGGGAUCUGGUUUUCAUCGGAAAUCCGCUUUGUGAAAAUCAGCCUGACGUGGACACAUGGCGGACGCAGGCGUCUAACCGACUGCAGCAAAUAACGAAACUGGACGGCAUCCCAAUUGUUAGAGAUACCGAGUAG